CAAUGCUGUCACCGUUACAAGUACAUGUAGCACAGCUGGUGUCUCAGUUCACUGAUGCUCGUCGGUGUGUUUGUAUUGUCAAUGGGUGUUAUUCUGCAGAUGUCAGUCGUCAGUCCAUAGUUUGAGGUAGUUACAUUGUGUCAGUCUCAAUAUUCAGCUUCAAAGACAAGAAAGUGUAUGAUGUGACCAUGGGCCUGUAUCGAGGUGAUAAGUAUCGGUUAAUUUCGCUGGUCCUCUUCAUCAUCCUCCUCUGCUACAUGUUACAUGACCUAUACAGCCCGGGCCCGAAACAUGACAAUGAUGGAUACCUCAGCCGAAAGGGAAUGGCAACGAAUUAUGAAUCCGGCAAACCAGAACCACUACAUUUUGUCAGCUACGAAAAGAAUACUCCACUGAUAUGGAUAGGUGGCGUUCCAAGGAGUGGAACGACGCUAGCACGUGCCAUGUUAGACUCACAUCCCGACAUCCGCUGCGGGGAAGAGACACGCGUCAUUCCUAGACUUUUAUUCAUGCAUACAAAGAUGCAGAUGUCACAAAUUGAAAAGUCGCGUUUGAAUGAAGCGAAGGUCACCGAGGAAGUCUUAGACGCCGCGCUGGGCUCGUAUAUUUUAAAUAUUAUAGUAAAACAUGGAGAAAUAGCAAACAGACUGUGUAACAAGGAUCCUUUUGCUUUGAAAUCAAUGGAUAAACUCUUACAAAUAUUUCCAAAAUCAAAAUUCCUGUUAAUGAUACGAGACGGUCGUGCUGUCGUCCAUUCCAUCAUUGAGAGGAAAAUAACAAUAUCGGGAUUUGAUACUAAAACUUACCGUGGUGCUUUAAGGGACUGGAAUCGUGCAAUAGAUUUGAUGUAUAAAAAGUGUUUAAAGUUGGGAACAACCGUUUGCUUACCAGUGAACUAUGAGCAUUUAGUACUCCAUCCGGAAUCACAAAUGAAACGGAUCUUGGAAUUCUUGGACGUACCGUGGAAUAGCAUAGUGCUUCAUCACGAGAUGACUAUUGGAAAAUCAGGAGGAAUUUCACUCUCAAAGCGGGAAAGAUCAACAGAUCAGGUGAACAAGCCAGUCAACACUGAGGCGCUCUACAAAUGGGCAAAAUUUAUGCCGAUUGACGUCCAGCGGGAUAUGGCCACGAUUGCACCGAUGCUCAAGGUCCUUGGUUACGACCCAAACAGCAAUCCACCCAAAUAUGGACAGCCAGACCAGCAAGUUGCAGAAAAUACUCGAGAUAUUUGGGAGCAAAAAAAGAUCAAGGAAUUCCAGGUUGCCUCAAAGACUCCCGCACCAUAGACUUGGAAUACGCACAAAGGAGCUUGCUAGAGAUAGCUCCACGCAACGACUUAAACUGCCAUGGUUACUUGUUGUGGAAGCUGGUUGUGAUAUCAUACAAGUAUUUUGUAAUCUCAAGUACAUGUAGCCUUGUAUGAUGAUUGUAAACCCAGCUGAUAUGAUGAUUUCAGAAAGCAUGCUAUGUUAACCUGAUGACCAUGACCUGGUUAUUCUGUACCUCAUAUCAUAUAGUAUUCUAAAUAUGAUGCUGCUAUGUGUAUCCUAGUCGAGGCGGGUUAGCAGGAAAGGUACGCUACUCACAAAACUGAAUUGCACUUUUGUAAUAAAUGCCUGAAACCAUUUUAUAUUGUAUAUUUUGUGUGGGUUGGGUGAGAUGCAUUUAGGCAGUGGGAAGAUGGCAGUGCACAGUGGGUGGGUGAAUUUGUCUGAAGUACAUUCCCUGCUAGCCUGAGAUGUCUUGUGUGAUCUUGUGUAGUGUCUGUCCUGAAAUUAAACCCAUUAUGCCAACAGUGUGCAAAAGGUGGAGAGUAUGUGGUCCUUGUAGCACAGUAAGCAUUCCAGUGCAAGACUCUGUUUGGUGUUACUGUGUGCUUUUUGUUCCAGUGUAUGAGUUUGGGACUGUAACAUAUUUGGGGAUGAUGAUAUUAUUUUGGCUUGGUGUCUGCAGUGUCUAAUAUUGCCUGCACAAUCAGUGUACACAUGUAUUGCAUUUACAAGUAUACUCCAACUGAAUACUCUGUAUAGGUAUCAAGGUUGUAUUGGCAUGCUACUCUUGGUUAGAGUUAAAGGUUUCAAGCCCUAGAAGAACAACAACGAGCUAGAUAAUUUAUAUUACAUGUAUUUAACUUAAUAUAAUAAUAAUUAUACAGGUAAGUAUGAUAGCCAGGUCUUGGCCAUUUUGUUCAGUUGUCACAGAGCCUGAGGUUUGGGAGCAGAUUGGGGGCUCAUGUGUAUGACAGUGACAUCCCUAUGUCUAUUGUUAUGUGUAACUGUGAAUGUAUUUUAUUUAGAUUCAUAAAACAGAAAUUAUUUUAGGAGAAUAUAAUUUGUAUAGUGUGUUUUAGUAUACUGGUACCUUGUACUUAUAGUCUAUAUUAUUUAUGCCAGUUUACUCAAUACAAAUUGAGCUGAAAGUCGGAGACCACCCAAUUACCCUCAGUUAUGUACUUAAGGAUACAGUUUGCUUUGGUUGGAUCAAAUUCUUGGAAGAGAUAGCUGGCCUACAAUCAAAGAACUGGACAAAGACACUUAUAACAAGCUAAUUAUCCCACCUAUUAACAGCCUCUGUAACAGUAGUGACCUUCAAACAAAAAGCAAUGAGCACAGUUCACAAUUCAAGGUCACAAUUUGCACACUAUACACAUUCAAGGUCACAAAUUUGUACACUAUGAUUUACAAUCCAAGGUCACAAUUUAUGCACAUUACACAUUCAAGGUCACAAUACAUGCGCAAUACGCAAUCCAAGGUCCCAAUUCGUGCACUCUAUACAAUCCAAGGUCCCAAUUCCUGCACUCAAUACAAUCCAAGGUCCCAAUUCGUGCACUCUAUACAAUCCAAGGUCCCAAUUCGUGCACUCUAUACAAUCCAAGGUCCCAAUUCGUGCACUCUAUACAAUCCAAGGUCCCAAUUCGUGCACUCAAUACAAUCCAAAGUCACAAGUCAUUCACAAUACUCAAUCAAAUUAAGGUCACAGUACAUGCACAAUACACCAUUCAAGAUCUCAAUUCAUGCAACUGUCUCAAUUUUAUAGGGAUGAAAAUCCAGUGCAUAACAUGUAUACUGUGUAUACAUGAUCAUCGAGUGCUUCUGCAGUUAGGUUCCCAAGAAGAUGGUGUGUUAAUGAUCAGUUUUGGAAUGCUGCGAUGUAUUUAUAAUACAUUCUUGAACAAAUAUUUUGAGUCGUCUAAGGGGUUGCUGAUGGGCAUGACUAUCCACAUAUACAGGGUUUCUCUACCUGUAUAGUGGUUCGGGUUGGAGUAUCUUAUGAAUACCUCUCUUGUUCCCUCUAUUCAGACAAUGAGUUAACUGUAAAGUAGUGAUGGACGUCAACAAUUCUGAAGUGCCCACCUUUCCCGCUGACAUAAACAGUAUCUUUGUUGAUGUUUAUUAAACUGAGUAGUACUAGUAGUAGGCCAUACUGUAUAAAGUAUCAAACCUGUUGCCUGAUAGGUAGAAUGUCGUCCAGCCUACACUUCCAGCACGAUUUGGCAGUCAAGUAAUAGAAAUGAGAUAUAUAGAAAUUGCUCAAUUUACUUAACACUGAACUCUUCUACUAAAUGUCCCAGAAGUGUUGAUGGUCAUUAGUCCAAGGAUAAAGUCAUUGGCUUGCUAUAUAAAAAGGUAUCGUUGGCAUCAGUUGUAAAAUGACCUUCCGUUCUUUCUGGGACAACCUGUGUGUGAGAUGGGCUUUGAUGUUUGAUGAUUUGUUGUUUGUUUGUUUAUAAAAUGGAGGUCAUUUGAUGAAAUAAAUAUACUCUAUU